AUCACCACUCUGUCGCCAGUCAGUCAGUCAGUCAGUCAGUCAGCCAGCCAGGCUGUCAGGCAACCAGAAUAGUCAGUCAGUCUAUCGGCGGUUGCUUUCGGGAUCGGAUAUGCUUUUCGGGAGGUCCCGUUCCGUCGUCGUGGUUGGUGUUUCAUCGUUCGUUUUCGUGGCCAGCAGGUGCACCGCACUGACAGGAGCGUGAUUCCAGAGCAAGUGGCAAACCGGUGAUUAAUACACACGGAAAACGGGGGCAAAACCAUUCACUUAGCGAAAGUAAGCUCGUGUCUUGACUCGAGCCGCCGACUGCAAUAUCGACAGUGGAGUGAGAGAAGUCGCUGCCAGAAGCGGCAUUUGUGCAUUAUUCAAAAGAAGGGAAAUUUUCCGAAGCGUACCGGGAAGUUGCCCUCGUAUUGUUAUUGUUUGUGAGGAUGUUUGUACUUGUGACUGUGCGGAUGAGGAUGAAGAUGAUGGUGAUGAUGAUGAUGAGGAUGAGAAUGAUGAUGAUGCUGCUGUUGCUGCCGCUGCCGCUGAUGAUGGUGAUGUGCUGAAUGAUGCCAAUGAUGUGAAUAAUAUUCGUACGUUGCUCUUCUCGUAAAGUUUGUAACGCAGUGCUGUUAGUGAGACAUCCUGACGAUGGUUGUGGCUUUGAUGCUCCCCUGCGAAAUAAUGAUGUUGAUGCUGUAGAAUCGAAACUGGUGUCGGAAAGCAGUACCGGUGAGCUGCAGUCAACGGAUCGGAAAAGGUGUUUCUGGAGUGUUUAUAUUUAUGCUGCUGUGUUUUGUGCUAGGAUAAAAACUGUGAAACUGGUAGUACAACGAGACAAUAAAACGAAUCAUUUAGUUCCAGUAGUGACCGGAACCGUGACAAUUUCAGCUACCAUCCGGCUAUUCGCGGUAGCUAUUCAGCAGCACCACUGAAAUAAUUAAUUUACCCCACAACUUCCGUAGUGCACCAACUGCAAUUGCAUCGGAUUGGUUACAGGCACUUCACUCUGAAACGACAUCGUGUCGUCGUCGUCAUCGUCGUUGUUGUCGCCGUGUUCGUCAGGAUGAAGUGUUCAUGCGAAAACAACGCCAACAAUCCGCAGCCAACGCUUCGGCCAACGCUACUGGCCACCAAUUAGGUUAACUCAUUGCAUCCGACAGGCCCCUUUGAAGCGCACUCAAUCUGAAAUUUAAUAUCAUUAAAUCAUUAAAUGACGGUCAGCUGGCCAACUGGCGAUCAGGUGUCUAAUAGUAAAAAAAACACACACACACACAGAAAAGUGUAUCCCGAGCGCUAUCCAAAUUCUCGCAAAAAGGAAAAGUGCCAGUGUUAUUUUCAUGCUCACUGUGGAUGCAGUUCAGCGUGUGAAAAUACGUCAACAUUCGCUCAUCGUCCCUGCUAGCAAAUUAAAGGCACUUUGGUAAAUCGGAGUGAAUCAGAUAAAACGCCAACGCUCGCAACAGAAACGUAACAAUAAUGUUGAUUCUUCACACAAUUAAAUUAAUUUUAAUAACUUUAAACAUUCUACCAUAUCGGUUUACACAUCGGAAUGUGCUGUUCCUGAUAUACCUGGGGACGCUCGUCACACACGUUUUUAUGGAUGAACCACGCUUCGCUCAACCAAUUCCUAACGUGACAGUAGCUGUCGGUAGGGAUGCAAAUCUUCCCUGCGUAGUAGAGCAUUUAGGAACCUAUAAGGUUGCCUGGAUCCACAUAGACCGACAGAUGAUACUGACGAUUCACAGGCAUGUAAUUUCGCGAAUUCCACGGUACAGUGUGACUUACGACAACUCCAAUACGUGGCUGUUGCACGUAAAUCAGGCCCAGCAGGAUGACCGGGGCUAUUACAUGUGCCAAGUCAACACGAAUCCCAUGAUCAGCCAGGUUGGAUACCUGCAAGUUGUUGUGCCUCCCAACAUCCUGGACAUCGAAAGCACCCCCUCAUCGGUGGCAGUACGCGAGAAUCAAAACAUCAACAUGACAUGUCGAGCCGAUGGUUUUCCGACACCCAAAAUAAUCUGGCGCCGUGAGGAUGGCCAAAGCAUCACCGUCGAGCGAAAGAAGAAAGUGAUGGUUUACGACGGCGAAGUGCUCCAUCUGACGAAAGUGAGCCGAAACGAGAUGGGUGCUUAUCUCUGCAUCGCCACUAAUGGGGUGCCACCAUCAGUGUCUAAGCGGAUUAUUCUUGACGUUGAGUUUUCGCCCAUGAUUUGGGUUCCAAAUCAAUUGGUAGGAGCGCCAUUGUCGACGGAUGUAACGAUAGACUGUCACACAGAAGCACAUCCAAGAGCGAUCAUCUACUGGGUCUACAAUUCCGUGAUGGUACUUCCUAGCAAAAAGUAUAUAAUCGAUUACAACGAAAACUCUUAUCGAGCACACAUGAAACUGACCAUCAAGAAUUUAUCACUCGGCGAUUUUGGGAAUUACCGGUGUAUUUCGAAAAACUCCUUAGGGGAGACAGAAGGUUCGAUACGUGUUUAUGAAAUUCCUUUACCAUCGACACCAUCGAAGCAAAUAACGCACGUAGUGGAACCGAAAGAAGCGGUUGCAGCGCGAAACGAAACCAUUAAGGUCGUCCAACCCGAGGUGCUGUUUCCAAUUAAGAACGACGAAAACUACGCGCAACGCUCCCCCAACGGUAUCCCGUUCGAGCGCAAGGGUUUGGCAAUCGGACAGAGCUUCUACACCGACAUGCCACCGAAAGAUUUCGGCUACUCCCACGCAUCGUCGCUACGAUGGAACGGUUGCACCUACUACGUGCUAGUCAAAAUUGUCAGCAUUACUUCAUCGCUCACCUUCUCGUACUGCGUCGCAAACCAAUUGUUUCUAUAAACCCGAUUACCCGAUGUUAGGUUCACAGAACAGUUGUAAAUGAACAAGGAUACGUUAAUAACAUAAAAUCUCCACUCCCCAUAUCAACGCUGGAAGGUUGAACCCCUGCCUGAUUUGACCCGACAUAUCCGUAAGUUUGUACAUUGGAAACGCGAAAUUCGAAGCAAGUGAUACUAUAGUCAAAUUGCAACGUAAAGACAAAAAAAAACCAACUCAGAUAAUAUAGUUGCCAACCAUGAACAUCAUAUCCUUACAGAACCAAAAUAAAACCUUUACGUCUGUAGUGACAUAUUCGAACGCGACCCCUAGAAGAACACGAAAUGAUUUAGUGAACUAUUUAUUAAGCAUACCAAACGACUAAUAGGAUGUUAAACCAAUUCAAAUUCUUUAAAAAAAAGCUAUAAACCCUAGCAGAUAUUAGGAAUCAGAAAACAGAUGCGCUUUUUGUUGCGAAUGGAAUUAUUGAUCAAUACAACAUAUGAGAAUAACUAGAGUGUAAUUAAACUAGGCUGACAGCGAAAUGUAUCAUAAUAGUGAUAAAACGAGCAAAAUCAGUUGUUUAUUGAAUGUAACUAAUAGGUGAAUUCAAUCGCCACUGUAAGUUGGGAUGACAACAGUUGUUGCUAAGAUGCCAACAUGAUGUACAUAAAAUCAACCCCAGCUGCUCUGAGACAACUGACAAGCAGGCGAUGAUUUGUAAAAAAAAUAUACAUUUGCUAAGGAAAACAGAUGUGAGCAAAUAAAAGUAUUAUAAGGUAAUCAUUUAUUUACUAGUCAGAGUUCGACUAUAGCUGAGGAUUUGCAACCAUAAUUGCUGAAUCAAACAAACGGAUAAAUGAGCGACUCCAAAAGCAUUAUUUUAAGAAUGUCUAACGAUACAAAUAAACUGACAGUUUCGUCUCACCCCGAAUCGCUCAACCCACAGGGGAUAAUAUCAAACAGAAAUAACGAAAACGCUCAUAUCGAUUAGAUGCUGCAAUGGAAUCUGAAAUGAAUAAGACACAAUUCGAUCAAAUGUAUCACUAAACGAUAUUUUUGUUAACCUAAGCCAUGGAUGAAUCAUACGAAUGACAAGCAAAUAAAAGACAAACAAAAGAAAACAUUUGAUUUAAAUAAAA